AUGGAUGAUGUUUUUAAUAUUCUGAAGACACCUUCAGCAGAAACACCAAACAUGGAAGAUUCUUCUCGUUCAUCAGAAUCAGAUACAAAACUUUUGGAUACUUCCCCCAAAGAAUGUUCAGUUGAUGUCAUAAAGGGGUCUAUUACUGAUAUGAAGGUGGAUGUUGUUGUGGGAUCUACAGAUUCCAGAUAUAAAUUACCAUGCAAUUUUGUCUUCUUUGGUAGUAUUCCAGAGAAUGAUGGAAAACCUAACAUUACAACAUUUGUGGAAGCCUGUCUGCAGAGAGCAACUCUGCUAAACUUUUCAUCUAUUGCCUUUCCUGCACUGGGAACUGGAAAUUUAGGGUAUAAACCUAAAGUAGUUGUUGAACAAAUGGCUUCUGCUAUUAGAAAAUUUAAGACAACAACACCUGAAAGUUCCUUGAAAAAUAUCAUAAUUGUCAUCUAUCCAGAUGAAAAGAAAAUGGACGACUUUUUUAAAUUGAAAAAACUGUCUACAAUUGUCAAAGUCUUCUCAUUCACUUUCUCUCCUUGCAUCCUAGUUGCAUUACUUAAGACGAAAUCUUUUAUUAUCCUUUUCUUCACUUCUCCUGCAAAAGUCUUCUCAUUCACUUUCUCUCCUUGCAUCCUAGUUGCAUUAUCCUUCCGAAAUCUUUUAUUUUUCUUCAUACUACAUCUCCUGCAAAAUGCUUCAUGCAUUCCUUUCUCUCCCUUGCAAAAGUUGCAUUACAUAAAAGACUCAAUCCUUUUCAACCUCCUUCUUCUCAUUCACUUUCUCUCCUUGCAUCCUACUAGAAUUGCUUAA